AUGAGGACAAACGUGUGGAUUUACCAAGCUCUGGUGUGUGUUGUGGUCACUAUAAUGGACACAGGUAAGAAACGAGAAGCUUUUAUCUGAGAUCUGCUUUAACCACCUGCAGCAGCCACACAAAAUGCGGGUCCUGCUAAAAUAAAUGAAACAAGUUUUAAAAUUAGAGUAAAAAAAAAAACAUUUUUAUGUGUUUAAUCUGCUUUAAUCCGUCGGGACUUGUUUUAAACCUAUUGACAUAUUAAAGAUGCACUUUCCUGUUUAAAGUGUAUUUAAUGACUGUACAUGACGCAGAUGGGCAUUGAAUGAACUUGAUUACAAGCCUCAUCUUGUACUGUGGAUUUGGCGCUCUCUCUCAAAGUAAACACACUAAUAAUUGAGGUUUGUGAGAGAACAUACUUGAGGCUAUUUUUUAGGAGAGCCUGUCAACAAAUAAUUGUAGUAGUGACUUUAUUACAGUGCAUCUUUGGCUGUAAAAAACACAGAUCCUAAUUACAUAGCCUCACUAUAAAAUUCUUUCAUUUUGUUUUGUGAACUGAUUGAAUUAAAAGUUUCAUUAUCCUGAAUGAAGUCUGUGCCUCUCCAGCUGCCUAAAGGUACAAACUCCUGCCAAAGCGCACGUUUUGAAGUGCAUCUGCUGAUCUUACUACUUUGACAUUAAACCUUUUUAUAUGGGUCAUGGUGAUAGGAGCCCCAGAGACUCCUGCAUCUGUUGGACUGUUUUCUGGAGGCAGCGCACGUCUGCUUGUAACAUUGCAGCGCAUAAACGCAUCAACAACCGCCGGUUAUUGAAACAUUGCAGCGCAUUCAUUUAAAACGCAGAUUAUUUGUUAUUUCAAAGUGUGCCAGUUCACAUCCGCCCCGCUGACAUGUCACGGACUCAAGCACUGAAUCCGUAGUUACCACCUCCAAGGGUGCCGACCCUGACCUUUGACCUGCCCUGGAGUUGGGGAAAGUAAAAUGCUCUUGUGUCCCAGCAGAGAGAUAGAAAAGUGCGUGUGUGUCUGUGUAAGAGGGACUGAGGGUGGGGGGUGAAGGGGUAACAUCUGGUUGAGUCUGAGUCCACACUUUGCGCUCUCUGAAGCAGAUGUAAUGUCUGCUUAAUUCCCAGACAGAGCACACCUUUACCCCCCUACGGUCCUGUUGUUCGCUUAAUACCACCUUUUUCAAAUAAUGUAUUAAAAUGUAGUAUUAAAGCAUUUCCGCAAGACUUCAAUUCUUUUUCAGCUGACCCUGAAGUUCUUUGCUCAAGGGCACCGAAGUGGAAGUUUCAGAGGAAGGUGAGAGUUUCGGUCACUCGCCUUCCCUCGCUACAUUUUUCAAGCCAAACCACAGGUCUCAAACCUGUUCCUUGUAAGCUCCCCCUGUCUCUUUCCAUUAAAUCUCAUCUCUCUUAAAGCUGCCUAUCAAGCACAUUUUAUUGUAAUCUCCAACUUCAGCGAAAUGCCCAGGAUCUGGAGAUAGCAGGAGUCGGACGUCGAGGAGAGGAAGAGACUUAAGUGAAAUCUAAUUGAGUGGCCUGGCCAGACAUCAGGGCUGGAACAACACCGUGAUGAGUGCCAGAUGUGGUCCAACGGAGCCCAAACAUUAAUAACACGUUCUCCUCAAAAAACCAUUUUCAACCACGAGGACCCUCUAAACGCCGCACAGUUUACAAUAUCCUAAGUACACACACGACGUCCUGGUGUCGGAUCUUGGCGCAGGAGCGUGUAGCUGUAACUCAGUAGCAUAAGAUUUCCCCGUGUGAUUUAUAUCCCACUUGCCCCUAAUUACAAACGGAAAAGUAUUGUAACUAAACACAUAUUGCGCCUUAAGAUGUUUUUGUAGACCUCUGAAACAGCAUUUUCACCAUGGAGCCCCAUCGUGUUGAAGAACAGGCUCUUAUCUUUUCCACAAGGUAGAAAUGAUUGAUUCGUACAGCAGAGGAUUUUGACGUAAAUUAUGGUUUUGUCCUGCUUUCGAACCCUCUUUGGACACAUACACAUCAUGUCUUCUAAAUAAUACAUUUCUUUUGAUGCGCCCCUUCCAAAAAACUGUCUCUCAGCAGAUCCCCCUGAAUAGAUUAUUUCUUCGUAACUCUUCGAAACGUUGAAAGCUGGAGGCAUUUGACAAGUUCAGUAUGUUGUCUAGAGUGUGUUAGAUACCAAGAGCUGUACUGCCCUAAGAGCUGUCAUUAAAACAUCCCCUUUUACAUCCUCUUCAUUUCCCUUAAACACUAAAUUCUGCCCUUGUAGCCUAGAUUACAGAAACAGACUCACCGUGAGUGCAAUUAAACAGCAGGAGUUUGAAUAAGAAUUUCGUGACUGUUGAAGAGUCUUGAAUGCAAGAUACAGAAAAAACAUUUUGUGGGUAUCACAGAUGUGCAGUAAAUAUAUCGACUAAAGACGAAGACGAAGAAAGUAGUAAAAGAUGUUGACGAAAGUAUUUGUUCGGCUCUUUUUUUUAAAAUGUUGAAACAUGAGAUAUGCUUUCAUGAAUACCAAACCUCCAAAGGAGGCACUGGAGCGCAGCAGUCUGUUGGAUAGACAUCAUUCUGUUUUUUUGGCCGCCCUCGCGGUUCGGCAUCAACUCUUCAUUUGUCAGGCAACAUUUAAGCUAGGCUUUGAUCCUUGACACAAUUCAUAUUUGUUUUCUGACACUUUAACUGGUCUGCUACUUGGGUUCAGCCAGUACGUGCAAAGCUCAGUAUCACAAAAUGUUCUUACAAUUCAACCUUCCCAAACAGCCGCCAUUUUUUCGCACAGACGGGGCUUGGCGUGGGGAGCUCGGAUUUUGUUACGAUGCCACGUCAGGAAGUGAGAGGUUUACGAAAUGAGUCACCGAAGGGUCUCGGAUGUGUUGUAAUCGUUUCAUCACCUCCAGAUGAUGAGGUUUCUAGCUAAUGAUAAUGUAAGCUUGCUAAAAAAAAGAUUUGGAUGCCAAAACUGCUGGUAUUGAUUUAUGAGAUUUUGCACUUUUAAACCGUUUAAAAAGUUGGAUCAUGGCGGUGAGGUUCCCUUACAGGAAACGUUCGAGACUCAAGCUGUUAAACCUGUCCAGUGAUGUUUCAGUGUGACUUAGCACAGGGGAUACUAGCGUGUCAACAUGGAAAAAAUGAAGAAAAAUGUAGUUCGGAGAUGAUUUUAUUAACUGCUGGCCACCCAAUUGAUUUUAAGACAGCGAAAUCAUUUAAUCUUAACUGCCAAGACCCUGCAACCAGCAGUCAUGCCUCCUGCUGCUUUAAUAUUUAAACCACAAGGUGAAAACUCAGUGAAAUAUUUUAAUUGAUUUGACAACUUCAGCUUCAUUCCCAGCGCCUCGACAGCAGCAGUGAAGUGUUUGGCUAUGUCUUAGCAGUGUGUGACUAAUGUUUGAUGCUCUGUCAGUGGAGAAAUCCAUGUGUUUUACCAGACUUUCUUGUACGUAUAUUUGCCUCUUCAUGACAGAUGAAAUAACACUGUUACUUGAGAGUUUCAGUCGAACUGAACUGGGAGUUUUGACAUGAAAUGGUUUGUGCCCAACAACAUGCGUGCUUGGACGUCUUUUGUGUGGUUUCUUUGAAAGAGUGACACUCAAAGAUAAUUUAAAACUGUCUUCUUGGGGUGAGGACUCGGCAACAACGUCACGUAUUGAUUGAUAGUCGUCACCGAAUGGCCAAUUCAUAUACAUAGAGUUCCCACUAUAUGAGAUGGAUGGUUGACAUCAGUGUUAAACUUGAAAGCUUUUAAAUGAAACAAAAGUUAAGUGUUAUGUUGCCAAAUUUUGUUAUUUAGCACCACAUCGGGUAAGUCUACAUUUGAAUGACAUUCAUUCCCAAUCCCUGCCAACAACCUGUAGAUAGUCAUUCUUAUGUCUUGACCUUGUUCCUGCAGGAUUUUGCAGAAGGACUCAUCAGUCAUUACAGAAGUAUGAAAAGACUGAGCAUCACAUGCUGGUUUGUAGGGACUGUCCUCAGCGGACGAUGGUACGAAGCAGCCGGUCGCAGGAACACUGCGCCCGCAAGUGCAAGAAAGUCAAGAAAAACUUCAGCUGCAGGUGAGGAGCACUUUCCUUUUCUGUUUCUCCUGAUGUUCUCCUCUGAAAUUUCUUCAUGGCCAUGUUCCUUUCAUUCCUCUUUUCCUGGACAGAUGAAGUAUUUACAUAUUUUUGGUGUUUAUCAUGAGGUCAUCUCUCAACUACUUCCCGUGUGUCUCCACAGGGCUUUCAACUUUCAACGGCACAACAGGAAAUGCCACUUGCUUCCCUUUGACCGUUUCACCCACGGUGUUCAGAAGCAGGCCAAUGCCAACUUUACUUUGUAUGAAAGAAAAGGUAAAUACAUCUAAUUUUAGGCUCUUGAAGUUGACUUUUUGAACUCCUGUUUAUCUAACGAGAAGAUUCAGGUGCAGGGAGGGAUUUGCACGGGCAAAUAUUUUCGGGGGAUCACAGGUUGGGCUUCUUGCAUCUGGCUCCCGGGGUUUUUAAGGUCCUCAGGUUUCUGUUGACACAAUAAAAACAACCAGCCCCCUUCACCCCCUGCUGUUUAAUCAGUCAGCGCGGAGAGGCGCGUGCAUAAACAUGUAGCAGAUUUAAGUGGAGUGUAAACAAAAAAACUCAUUGUUUACAGACGGAGUGCAACAGCUUUUCUCCACUGCAGGCUGUGGAAUCUAGCACUUUAGAAUUUACUGCAAAAUUUACGGAAACUCCCCCCGGUGACAUUUAAUGAACUUCAGGGAGUUGUCUGUUUUGGGAAUAACACACAAGCCGGUACAUAAUAAAGCGAUGGCUGUAAAAACGACUUAUUGACCAUAGAUGGGAAAAUAUACUCCAGGUGGUUAGGCCGGAGAACACAAAUCAGCAUUUAAUUAACUUACUGCUGUGUAAAUUGGCACACAAGGAGUAUACAGGGACAGCUUGUGUUACAAAAAAGAAAAAAAAAACAUGAAUGGAUCUUUUUAAUUGUUUUUUAUGCCUCUGCUUUUACUUAGAUUACAUAAGGGAGUGUAUCAUCGGCACCAAAGACAACUACAGAGGCAGGAGGUCAUGGACCAAGUCAAACAUCACCUGCCAAGCUUGGUCAGAUAACAAUAUCAAUGAACACACGUAAGUCCUCCUUUCUCAAAGUUCUUUUUCUACCUUACACAAAUAAAAUUGCUUACUCAAUCUGUACAUAUUUGAAUGGCCAAAGCUUGUGAGCUGUGCAAGCACGCGACGUCCGGUUGGUUAUGCUUCCUUGUGCGCUUCUCCCAUUGGUUUCUCCAGUCCAAACUGGGUUCCAUACUAUCAAGCAAGUUCAACUUACUUCAGUAUCCUCUACUUAUCUGGCUUCACUAAUCCUGCGAGAAGAGAUCAUGCUAAAUGGUCCCACAAAGUCGGUUAGGGUCAUCCUAGAGUUACUGAGAGUGUGUUCACAAGAAUAGGGCAUUGUUCGACACAAUCAGAAACAGGAGUGAGUUAUCUAUCAGUACAUCUUCAUAGAUUUAAACCAUGAAGCAAACAGUUUUACUAAUAGACUAUGACAGAACAACAUAAUCCAGACUAAUAUCUUCACAGCUGCAUUUGCAAUCGUUGAUAGAGCUGACAGAUAAGAGAAAACGUCCGCAGUAAAUUUGCAAAAAAGGACUUGCAAAUAUCACUUUCCUAUCAUUGGUGCAGAAAGAUCAGACAAUAGUACCUCCCUUUUAUCCUCUAAACUUGUUGUUGCUCUGAUUUAUUCUUUGGCAUGUAUGACAGUUGUAGAGGUAUGUUUGCCACAGCUUUGAUGAUAUCCAGGGGAGCAAUAUGGAGACUAUAAAGUUGAAUACAGAAAUGUACUACAAAGAAAUAGGAACACUUAUUUUUAGUCUCUUGUUCUGAAGGUAUCAUGCCGCUGACACUUUAUGAAAUAGCCUUGAUAAGAGCAAAUCCUGCAUCCUGGUGCAGGCCCCUGGAAGUGUAAAUACCAACGUUUUACAUUUAUGAUACCACUUUGGGGAGGCUCUAACUUGGCCUGGUGCAGUAAAUACGUUAUAUUGAUACCAAACACUCAAAGACUGCCUGGUGUCCAUAAUCAAUUCCAAGUCUUGUAUCAGGACAUGCCCCGUAUCUGGCCUAAAACCGUCUCACGUGUGGCCAGUUUAAGCUGUGAGGUGCAGGAAGUGGAAAGUUUUAUUCAUCCAUCCCUGUCUCGUCAGGUUCCUCUAGAUUUGAACCAGCAGCCAUCAAAGCCUGCUUCUUUAAUCUUCAGUCUGCACCACCUUCCUGGAUGCUCCUUUGCUUUGUCUCUGUGUCUGAUAUUGAACAGACCUCGGCAGCUGAUUUAUUGAUGUUCACAUCAUCCUGCUGCACCUCAGGGGUUAAGGGACGGUGGAGGCUGGGAGGCGAGCGAAUGUUUAGCCAGAGUUAAGUCAGAUUUCUUUCAACACAUGCAGGGAUGUCCUCUCUGCAGAGGUUGUUUUUUUUCAUGCUGCACUGUAGGCCAUCAGGUGUAUCCCAGGAUUUUAUUUUUUUCUUCCAGAGGCUCCACGCUAGGAGAGAUCAGUGAAUUUUCUGAUGAUGGUUCUGUGCCAGGGUCUCAUUAGCGGGGCUCGUUAGUCACAAGAUAUUUUAACUGCAGCUCUGAAGGGGGUUUGAGAGACAGAGCUGUAAAAAUUUCAAGAAGUGUAGGGCGAAAAAUGGUCGGGAAGGUUGAAUGAAACAAAGGAAGAGCAAAGUUUUCUAGCUUGAAGACAUUUCUGUCUGUUUUCCAGCUGAGUUAAAAAAAAAAAUUAAAAAAGCCAUAAAAAAUUCCAGUAAUCCUCCUUAAUUAAAUCACUUUGCAUUGCUGGUCAUGGUCCUCUUUUUUUCCUCUCCCCCUCUUCUUCUUCUCUUUUAAGAAUUAGCGCUAGACAAUACUUUGUCAUUGUUUAUUUGACUCACAGUUUCAGUCCCAUACGGCAAAUGUAGCAUCCAUCCACAUCGCUCCAGCUGGUCGGCAACUUUUAACUUUCCAAGGGUCAGAGGGAGCUUUACUUAAGGGAGAUUUAGUGCCACUGCGAGGUUACCCAACAUGGGACCGUCCCGCUGUGUGAGAAUUACCGCCGUAAUGAACCACGCACUGUUUGAGUUUCAGGUAACUAUUAUUUUCAUGCUCGACUGAUCACCGUGGGGCAGGGGUGAUUUCUCAGGAGGUUCCCUUCCAGGAAUGGGACUUCCACCUGUUGUCUAUAUUUAGUGUUUGAACUGUGGUGAAAAGAGCUGUGGAUGGAUGUCCAGCCAAGUGUGGCGAAUGAAAUGGAAUGGAACAUUUCUGUACAUAUGAAUAAUAACAAAUACCGUAGGGGCCAUCUUUUAUUCUUCUACACAUUCAGGCAGGUGAGGCCGAUGAAAAAUGUCACACCGUUCUCAUACAUGCAUGUUAAAUCUGUUUUUUCCCCCAACAGCUGGUGAGCUUAGCCCAGCAGAAAGGGUGAAAUAGCAGGGGGAGGAACAAAGGUUUAAAGAGCAUAAAAUUAUUCUACUCCAAUGAAAGUAUGGUGACUUUAACGUCAUUUAUUUAAUCCUCCUGUAAGAGGUUCUUUGAUGUUUAUGAAGUAGACUUAAAUCCAUGUGAAAGCCUAAUUAUUAUCUACAAAAGGGAACAAGAUGAUUCGCAAUAUCUUAUAUCUUAAUUCAUAAUGUCUAAAUUUAGUGUGAGGGGGUAGGUGUCAAUAAAACAGCUGAAACAGCCCUGUUUUUACAAUUCAGUUCACAAUAACUCAAUAACUGAUACAUUUGGCCUUUAAGUGAAUAGGAUAUGCAAAACAUGAUUAGACUGUUUUGACCACAGGGGGUGCCAAACUUGACACAAACCAAAAGUUCCUCACAGGAGAUUUAAGCAGAUUAAGACUACCUGUCUGCAGAUCUAAUUAAUCCAUUGUUGUGGGAGUGGUGGGCUGCGUUCCAGUUACCUUAGAAGUCGGAUGUCAGAGUCGGGAAUGAUGUUACACCCGAGUUGAGGGCGUUUUACUGGCGUUCCAGUAAAAAAAUCAGAAAACCAAGAUGGACACCUAGUGUUAGCUGUUGUCAGUUGUUGUUAGCGUUUGUCAGCGUUUGUUAGUCAUUGGGCAGUACAACAUAUACCACUUGUUUAAUUUCACUAAAACAAAACAAAGAUGCUAAUAAAUAAUAUGGCUGUGAAACGUCACCGUUUGUCGGGUUAGGGUUAGGGUUAGGAGAUUCAGAAGUGUGAUAAUGUUCUGUUCAAUGUACAGAGCCGACAGCCCGUGUUAAACCUGAGUGUGUGAUUACAUUUCCAGCUUUUCUAGCCAAUCAGAGGCAAAGGAGGCGGGACUUUUCCCUAUCAUCCUACAUAAAAAUAUAUUGCAGCCCGGAGAUGUUAGCUGCCGCUGGGGCUACCGGAGAUGUAAGCUUAUUCUUUAAAAAUAAUAUUCUGGUCUUUGAUCGGCUCCCUCGCAACAUUCUGGAUGCUCUCUCUGAUCAUGCAGUGAGGAAACAGGAGAAAAUGGAUUCAAACUCCAUGCUACUCUUAACACUACAUCCACCACCACUCACACAAUGUGUAAGUCUGGCAAGACGAUUCCUGCACGCUGAAGUCCUGGCUGGCUCUGCAGAGAGGAUUAACCAAAAUCAAGGACUUAGCAGGUUAAAAUGAAAAGAAAUUGCUGCAGUGCAAUACAAUUUUUAUGAUGAGUUUCUUCAAAUACGCUUAUUCCAAGGAACUUAUAGAAAAAAUUUAGCUUGAAAUGUUUAGUAACAAAAUUUAUACUUGGUCAAAUGUAUCCAUGUAACUUCAAUUAGGUGUAAUAGAUAUUCUGACGUGAAAUUAGAGAAACUCACUUGCUUAGAUUUGAGGGUUUUUUUUUUCAGUAUAGACAUCCAUUCAGCAGGUUUGAGUUGAAUAAAUCUGUACACUUUUAGAUGAUCUUAUACUGAUUUGGCCAAAUGUAGUGAAGUACAAAAAUAAUGAGGUAAAAGUAAAUGUACUUUUUUAAAAAAGCUCUUCAGUCAGGAACAAACACACACAAAAACCUUUUUAGCUCCAGUAGCACAAGUAAAUAUACUUUCUUCCCUGAAUGCCAGCAUAACUUGACUGAUAGCAUUGAUUUAGUGAAUCAGCUUGGUGUUUUGUUACCUUUAGAGGGAACCAGACUGGUUUUCUACUGUUUCUUCACACAGCAAAAUGAAGCUAGUCAUAUCCCAGCAAUGUUUUCAUAUUUAGCUAUCAGAAAACGAAGCUCUCCACAUCCCUCUUGGCAAGAAAGUAAACAAGCAUAUGUUCAAAAUUUUAAAACAAUUGCUCCCACUUCAGCAUCCUUCAUCCAAAAAUCAUUAUUAUGCCUUAAGACUAAUUAAGUUCCUGCGUGCUUGCUUUAAUCUGCUAAUAAUUUUUUCGUGUGGAUGCACAGCAGUGAUGCAUGACCGUGUUUGUUCCAUAAUCUCCAGGUGCAAGAUGCUUGACAUUUUACAGCAGUUACUUCAACUCUAAGUUUCAACUUCUGUGAUAUCCAAAAUCUGGCCAAUAUGUUUUUUCGCCGACCCAGGGAGCGGAGCAUGUGUGCACAGUGUCUGCCUGCACUCCGAUGGGAACAGGCUUUGGCAAGGAGAUGAAUAACUGGCCAACAUCUGUUAGUGCAACAUCAUUAUUGCUAACUCGCUCCCAUGCCGCGGCCUUUUUACGGACUCUGACCAGAUGCAACUUUUAUUUUAAGUGAAAAACCUUGUAAUGCCAUUUAUAAAUUAAGGAUACUGUACGAUGUUCGAGACUUGGUAUGCCGAGCAGCAGAUGUGUGCUUCAGCGAAAAAGAGAGUUAAUGUCUUUUUUUGUUGUGUCACAGUGAGGUGUUGCUGUUUAUCUUAACGGAGUCCUGUUUUUUCCAAAGGUGGGACUAUGAUAUGUAGCCUCCUAUUGGUUUGUUCUUUUUCUGCAAAGUCAGAUGCCUGAGAUGUGUUCUACUUUGGGGUGAAUGAUGAUGUGCAUUAGUGUACAGGCCUAAAGUAAGCCCAAGGGCACAGAGGGGAGAGCGGAGCAGACUCCCCCAGGAAAAGAGUCAUUGUCUGGGGUCGAGUUGCUGAAGGGGAGUGAACUCUGGUUCUUUUUGCCGCUGUUUUUCGUACUUCUAUUUCAUCAAUAAAACACAAAUCUUUUCUCCUUUUUUCCUUUUAACUCUGAGCCAGCUUUUCCUGAUAGGAGCUGCCUCUUCACUUGUUUCUUUCCUCCUUCCACGCCCUCUGCUUUCUCUUCUGUCUUCUGUCUCUGACUCCUUGGGUGGGAGGUGGAAUGUGGUCAGCAUGGAUCACAGGGGUGCUGACAUGCCAGCUUUUCAUCAUCCUUCCCCCAGCAAAAGAUGAAUUUCACACACUGUCCAUUUAGUGUGGGGCUCCCAUGGCGCCCCCCCCUAUUGUUACAUUCCAUAUGUUUGUACUCGCCAGGUUCUUUUUCUUAUAGUCGCUUGUUCACGCUGAUGUGAUGCAACCCUUGACAGAGAGGGAUUGGGUUUAAAAGUGUUCAAAGUUUGCCAGAAAACGACCUGCUUGGGUUGCUCCCAGUGGUGUAUAGCAUUGUUCUGUGCUGUUGGUGGUUACUGUGCUGUGACAGAGUCUGGCCGUGUCAUACAUGAGGGAGCUGGGAUAUGGUAGGAGUCAGUAAGGCGAUCAUGCAAAAGGUGCAAACCUAGAGAGCAGAAGUGUAUUAAUGACAUACUUUGCAUACAGUUUCUUUGAAUGGUCAUUCUGGGAUUUCAAAUGUAAUCUACUGGAGCAACCUUUUCUCAGAAUGGAGCCCAUAUCUGAAUAUAAAUGCCUUUUGAAUGAGUUUGGCUUGUUACUGAGAGCGCUAGCAGGCAGGUACAGCGCUGUAUACAGAACAGAGGCAGCCAAGUGUGCAAGUACUCCCUAAAAUUUAUUUAUACAGCUUACAGUAUCAGCUAACACUUUCAAUAAUGUGUGUCCACUCCCCUGUAGGUUUUAUCCUGAUAGGUACCCGGUGCAAGACCUGAGGGAGAACUUCUGUCGGAAUCCUAACAACGAUCCUGGUGGUCCGUGGUGCUACACCACUGACCCUAAUGUAAGGGCUGAGGAGUGUGGCAUACCGAAGUGCUCUGAGGGUAAGACUCUCCCAAAUGUCAUUCUUAAGUUAUAAUAUUGUGCUCAUAUAUAACUCAGACAAAAACGAUUUACCAAUUUUUCCCUCUUAAUAUUGACCCUUUGCUUGAUACUGAAGCUUACACCAUCAAAUCCUAGGCCUAAAACAAGCUCAAUUCUGACUGGUGGACUUUUUUAGCCAGAUGAAAACAAUAGAAAACCACACUCCUAAACCCUCAGCUUGUUUCUAAAUUAACACAAGAUACUCGUGCCCUCAUGGAGAGGUUAAGAGCUCAGUGAGGACCUCCUACUGUGCCCCCAUCCCAGUGCUUUUACUCCACUAAUCAGUGACAUUGUCCAUCAAAUAGCACUCAGUGGCCACUACAACCAAAACAGCAUUGCCACAAUCAAAAGAGCCAGACUCUUUUUGAUAAUGCUAAUACCUACCUUAACCCAAGCCCCUCUUAGUCUCCACACUCUAACCACAGAAGUGCAAGGGCAGUGACGGCUCAACAGUUUGCCCCAGCGUCCCAAAACCAUGACAGAAGAAAGGAGAGAUAAAAACAGAGAACAGAGAGGGGUUUAAAGAGGUAUUUUACCAAGAGUGCAGCAAAUGUGUAGCUAGAGCAAGAAGCUGCUUUGGGGAAGAGCUAGGAUGCUAGGUUAGGCUGCAUGCUCUACCUCCCCCUACACUCGAUUUUUAUUACCAAAGAAAGGACAGGAAAACAGAGAACAAAGUUUGUCAUUUAAGAAAGAGAGGAGCAAAGGGUGAAAACUGAGAAAGAAGUCUGGUGUGACUUGUUCUGAGCUGAGUAAAGGUAGGGCCUGCAGUAGAGGCCUGAUUGAGAAAGGGCUUAUCAUGUCAGGUUGUGCCGCAUGCUCCGCCUCCCUAAUCGUCAUGGUAGUGGGUGGAAAGAAGAGAGAACGAUCAGAGAAAGAAGUCUGUAGAGAUCUGCCAUAAAGAGGACAGGGAAGACAGAGUCAGAAGCCUGUUGGACAACAGUUCAGCCCAAAAGAUAGUCCUGCAUGCUUUACCUUCCCCUGUGACCAAUUUUUAUUAUCAAAGAAAGGACAGAAAAAAUAGAAAACAAAGUUUGUAAAGACAUGUUAGAAAGAGGAAAGGGAAGUCAGAACCAAAGUCUGUAUGGUAAGCAUUCAACCCACCAGGUCAUGCUAUAUGCUCUACCUCCCCGUACAUAUACAUAUCAUUUAAAAAAGAGGAGCAAAGGGCGAAAACUGAGAAAGAAGCCUGGCAUGACUUGUUAUAAGCUGAGGAAAGGUAGGGCCUGGAGUAGAGCCCUGAUUGGGAGAGGGCUUAUCAUGUCAGGUUGUGCUGCAUGCUCUACCUCCCCAGUUGUCAUGAUAGAGGGUGGAGAGAAGAGAGAACUAUCAGAGAAAGAAGUCUGUUGAGAUGUGCUAGAAAGCAGACAGGGAAGACAGAGUCAGAAGCCUGUUGGGCAAGAGUUUUGCCCAAAAGAUAAUCCUGCAUGCUCUACCUCACCUAUCAUUUCUAUUUUCAUGAAGGAAAAGAGGAGAGGUGAGAAAAAAAUAGAUGAGCGUGUUUUGAAAGACUUAAGUAAAGUUGGGGAAGGCAGAUCCUGGAUGGGCAAUCUGUAUAGAUUUCAGCUAACGCCCACCAGGUUAUGCUGUAUGCUCUACCUCCCUCUUCUCCUAGAUCUCAUUGUGGAAAGAAAAGAGAUAGGAGAGAGAGAAUGGAGGAUCAAUUCCUUAUAGACAUGCUAGAAAGAGUACAGGUAAGGCAGGAUCAAGGAGGGAAGCUGGUUUAGGCUGGAGCUUACCCUGCUAGGAAAGGCUUUUUGCUCUACCUCCCCAUAUUCCCCUUGUUUCAUGAGAGAAGUAAAAACAGGGGGAAGAGCUUUCGUGGGAAAGGGGGUACCCUAUUACCCAAUCCAAAGCCCAUUGUUAGAAGUCUUGGUGCUGUCCUCGACACUUAUCUCAAUCCAGAUUUAUUAAAGUUAAAUUACAAUUACUUCAAAAGAUGGUCCAGUCCUGUUUUUAUGAGUCCAAAAAUCAAAUUAUUUGUGCUGUUUACUGUUUGGGGUAGGGUUGUCCAAGUUACAAGUUCUGUCUAUGUUUAUCAAUUAUGUUAGGAAAGCUCUGAUUACUAUUGUUUUGUUCUUGUUGGCAGAGGUCUGUAUGACAUGUAAUGGGGAAAAUUACCAGGGCAAAGUGGACCAUACAGAGAGUGGUAAAGAGUGCCAGCGAUGGGACUCCACAAGGCCUCACAAACACCACUUCCAGCCCAAAAAGUAAGCUGCAAAGCUCAUAAUUACUUUACAAUAACCUUUCUCAUGAACACACCCAUGACAGAUGCUUAAAGAAAUUACACUAAUACUCAUGGGACAGAGACCUCACCAGUUGUUACGACUUAUUUCCCCCUCUUAUUUUUUUCCCUCCCUUUUGUCUUCUCGGUGCUCUCUCCCAGGUAUCGGGACAAAGAUUUAAAGGACAACUACUGUCGUAACCCUGAUAACCGUCUUCGUCCCUGGUGCUACACCAUGGAUCCCAAAACUCUGUGGGAGUACUGCAGCAUCAGGGUGUGUGGUAAUGGUAAGAGCCUAUUUGUUGAUGCACUCCAAAUCUAGGGAUUGGGUUUUGUGGACGGUCUUUGACAAAUCUAUAGAAGAGCAAAUUAUUGUUUGAUAAUGGCUUCAUGGCUCUGUUUGUAUUUUUCUUCAUAUUUAGUACCUGUACAAGCCCAAAACAUCAUGCACCGUACAGUUAUGAAUCCAUGCAAAGAUUCCUGGCUUGUUUGUUUUUUUUUAAAGAAAGUGGUUGGGUACUACCAGCUAGUGGUUUGAAGGCGCAAGGGGGUAAGUUACAUUUAGGACUUUGGUGGUUUGGGGUUAGCUGCAGCGAGCUGAGGGAAAAAAGCCCCUUUUCUCUCCUGCAGAGUCUCAUAAAUCUUUUGUUUACCCGGCUGGGUGUUUCAUGUGGUGUUCAGCUUCAAAUCCCUGUACCUCAACAAGGAAGGAUAAAUAGGUUGUUUAAAAAGGGGAGGGGAUCAGACUUGAGAGCCUGAAGUGUUUUACAGAGACCACUGACAGAUGACAAGGGACAGUACAAAUAGGGAGUCACAAUGGCGGCUACUAUACAGACAUUCUGAUAGCUGUUUCAGUGGUGGAGAGAAAAUCAUUAUAUAUACAAACAAGUGACGAAUUAAAGAGACAAUAGCGAGGAAAACAUCAUGGAUGCAGAUGCUGCCAUACCACGCACAAAGGACGCCCGAGUGGUUUCAUGAUUUGGAAAAUGAUGUGAAUCAUAUGUUGCUCUUCUCAGUCACAAGAUCUCAAUCAAAUUGAAAACCUAUGGCAGGCCUUGAGGAUUGACAACAUUCCCGCUUAAACAUCAUCAGAACACUGAAGCUGUUUCUGAAGUCACCUAUUACUCACUGUAUAGUGCUCCACAAAGGGAAUGUGCGGUCUUGUGGGGAUUUUUACUGAAUUCAAGCUGUUAAAAUGUAUUAUUUUUCAUUUUGUAACUGUUUUUUAAAGAUGAUGACAGGCAAGAGGGAGAACGGAGGGAGUUUGUUUGGAGUGUGCUCCUGGUUUGCUUUUUGGUGACAGGCAUGACACCAUCGUUUGUAUGCAUGAGAUAAGUAACUGGUACAGUUUAUGGUUGCAUUAUUUGACAUUUUCUUAUUAUACUUUAUUGUUUAUAAAAAUGAGCUCCUAAUGAUAGCUGUUUUGUAUGACCGAUCCAGUCUGACGUUAAUCUUCAUGUUUUUAUUUUGUAUCAGCAGCAAUUCUGAUGUGCUGACUGUUUAGUCUUCUGCAAAGAGAGAGUAGGGAGUAGUAAAUAAAGUAAGUAUAUGUUUUUGGGCCAAGCCAACAUGCAGGGAGAAUGAUUGAUAAUCCUCCAGUACAGACGUGUACCAUCACAGCUGAAUUGCGUUGAAAGUGGGAGUUUCAGAAGCCUGAGGCAGGGCGAGCACACCUCCCUUUCUACGCAUGUGUGCACAGGGAGAGCAGCAGCAAAGAGAUCGGUGAAUAGAACAGAUACGGCUCUGAUCAAAUCGGACUGAGGAUGUAAAAGUGAGGAGCUGCGGUGGACGCGGUUUGUGGAGGAGGCCGGGGGAAAUAGGACAAGCCAAAGCAGCUUAAACAGAGCACCCAUUUUGACUGUUGCCAAUUGGAGGGUAAUUAGCUGUCGGCUGAUGUUUACUGGCAGUAAGAUCAGCUGAUGAACUGUGGGCUUAGUUGAAUUUUGUGGCCUGCCUGAACUGAUAUGAUGCUCAGUUUAAACAGGCCGUUGCUGCAGUGAGUUGUCAGCCUGAUAGAUUGUUUGCAUCCGACCAGAACAGCCAGCGAAUUGUGUUCCCUUUGAAAAGUCACUGAUGAGUUUGAUUUUGUUUUAAUAAUAGGGUGGAUUUGGAAAAUGAUUGGACUUGGCCUUGUUUUUAUUCUAUCUUUCUUUUUCUCUCUGUUUGUGUAAGGGGUGUGACAUGCAAUGUGCAACAUGAUGGGUUGUAUAUGUCGUACUGGGAUGUUUAGACACCGAUCUGAGCUGAUGUUCUGUUCGGAUUAGCCUCACUGCUGUUUAACCAAGAAUAUCCUGCUGACGGAACAGCCGAAUUCAGCACCUAAAAUGGAUUUUCCUUUGUUUUGGCACCAGUCUUUUAAUAGCACAGAGAGGAAUAAUCAGCUCUCUGGAAAUGAAUCCACCAUUAAAAGGAACCAAGUUUGGUACAUUUGAUUUACAGCUGUGCAAAUGGAUAUCGACACGGCUUCUUGACUGAUUUAUUCUCAAGGCCUGAGUGCUUUUGUAUCAAGUUAUUGGUCUUUUUUCUGAGGAACCCAGAGUCAACUGUAACCGAAAUUUACUUUCUGCUGCUCAAAAAAUUGUAAAAGUUUAAAAGAGGCCAAACACCCCAAUUUUGGGGUCUAGGGUUUAGAUUGCUUUUGGAUCCUAAAGCAACAAAAUUAGCUGUGCAAAAACAUUGUAUAUGUGGAUUUAACUGUAUCUUUCCUCAUUGUUUUAGACCUUUUAUUGUUGAAUAUGAUAAGAAUUAGUCCAUAAUGAAAGAAUCCCUCAGAUAUUUGAUGUGGUACUGUAUGUCCAUAUAUUCAGAAAGAUAAAAGACAUUUCACUUCAGCCAUUUCAUGUUGGCAGAGUUUCACAGUAGUUGCUUAGGUAACUUUUGGCCUUUAAAUGCAACAAAAAAGACAGGAGGUAAAAAAAAGAGGUUAUUCUAAAGGUGAAUAUGUUCGUUUUUUUCUUUGAAAGCGCAAUGAAAUAUCCCCUGUGCGCAGCCACAAACACACAGAUCAUCUCUCUUUGUCUCUGUCAGACACAUACACACAUGUAGUGAAGAGUACAUGUUAUGAUUUACAGCGAGGGUGGAGGAUCUGCAUUUGUCCAGAUGUGUGCAUCCCUCAAUGCCUGCCCUCAGAAAGAUAAAAACCACUGACCUGUACUACACAGUGCACACAGACACUGGCAUGCAUUACAUCAAGCCAAAGAAUCUCUCUUUUCCAUCCGCCUUCUCAUUUCUGCUUCAAAACAUUCCCUUUCCUCCUCCAUCUUCUCCCAUCUCAUUUGUCAAAGGCUAAAGAAACAGAGACAGAAAUCCGGAGGGGAGAAGUCGCUCCCUACGUUCUGCAAUCCCCGCUCUGCUGAAAAGCAGAAUUCCUUCUCAAGAUGUUUGGAAUAGUUUUCCGGUGGAUAAAGUUGCCCCAGCCAGAUCGGGUUGGAUGUGAUAUCUUUGGUUUGGCCGGGAUAAACAAAUUCACCAGAAACAAGUUUAAAUGUUGUGGCAUUAAGGUAUUCCUAAACAAGAUUAGAUUUCAGGGUUUUUUUUAAAGGCAACCUGUGACAUUGUGUGCCGUCAGCAAGUUAAAUAACAGCUUAUUAUUUUGUUGUGGAUGUCCCUGCGUGAAAGAAUGUGGGGCACCAGUGUUAUGAAUACACUGAAAGUUUCCUAUCGGAGUGGAGACGAGGGGGGAGAGCUACUGUUUUUGAUCAUCUGUCUCUAGGUUAAACAUGACACAUUCUUCAGGGGAUUAAUAUCUCCCUCCUUCUCUCGCUCUCUCCCUUUGACCUGCCUUUGGUUUACAUCUCACUCACUUCACCCAAAGAUUUUAAUUUCACGAUUACACUCUGACAGAAAAUUUCUGUCGUCUUUUUUUUCUCUGCUAGAUUCUGACUCAAGCGAGCACACAGAUGUGAAUGUAACAACAUCCUGUGUCCAAGGAAAGGGCACAGAUUACCGCGGCACCAUGAAUGUGACUCCAGAGGGUGUGACAUGUCAGCGCUGGGACUCCCAGUUCCCCCAUAACCACUCAUUUCUCCCUCAGAACUUCAAAUGCAAGUGAGUCACCCUUCUUUCAUGGUCCCUGACAGCUUGGAUUGGAUUCUAUCUGCUGUGUGAUUUGUUCAUUUUGUGCUGGUGUUUGUUGAAGUGCCAAAAGGCAAGGGAUGAAAGCCAAACUUUAGCAAUUCUACUCUUGCUCUUAUUAAAAAAAAUCAUUCAUCGGCAUUAACAUUUAAAUUGUAGUAUGUGUUUGUGUUACAGAGACCUCAAGGAGAACUAUUGCCGUAACCCUGAUGGUGCGGAUUACCCAUGGUGCUUCACAACAGACCCUAAUCAGAGGAUAGCCAACUGCACCCAAAUCCCCAGGUGUGAUGCUGACGCCAUACAAAAAAUAGGUAAAAUACUAAACAGUCUUGAACUUUUAAAAUGAGAGAAACUCUAACAUUUUCAUAUCUUUAUGGCAAACAUGUCACCAGAUAGCUAGCAGUUUGCUAACUUGAUCCAGAAAAAGUGUUUUUAUUGUGAAAUAUGAUUGAAAAGGAGAACCGCUAAUGCCUUUAAGUACAUGUCAUGUUUUUGUAAAGUGGAUUUACACAGACACUUUCUAUAUCGCUCCCAUAGGAGCGAGCCUCUUGGCAGCAUGGUGCCCGAUGAAUUCCAUUUCAUGAAAGUGCUUGCUAUCAUUUCCCAUGAUUCCCUGUUUUACGUUUGCUGUAGGACCACACAUGUCAAACUGCAGCCAGACUGUUGGUUCCUAUAGUCGGUCUUCUGAGUCUGUUAAAAAACAGACAUUGUAAGGUUUCAUUUUUCCGUUACGUUUGAGAACCGCCAGUUACACAGAGGCCCUGCACACUAAAUUGCUCCAAACCACAGAGGAAAAUUGAAGAUUUUAACUUAAUUUUGUUUUGUUCGCAUCAAUGAAAAAGACUGCCACCGCCAAAUCAAACACUGUUCUGCUAGUUUCUCCGCUUACUGACUGCAUAACAAUAUUUGGAAAAACUGCUUGUUUCAAUAUUAGAUGUAUGACCAGUACUUUUUUAAUACAACUUCAUCAUGUUCCUCCUCAGACUGUUAUGAAGACAAUGGGGAAGCGUAUCGGGGCACUUUAUCCAUAACGAGAUCAGGGAUUCCGUGUGCAGAAUGGUCACAUCACAUAAACAGGUAAGAAUAUCAUCCUGCCAAUACAGAAUUUGUUGUCUGGCUUAUUUUGGAACCACCCAGUCAGGCUUGUGAAGUAUCGAGAAACACUGGAGGUGUUUUCUAGCAAGUCUGACAUUCUUUUCAGCUUAGCUGAUGAGUGUUUGUUGACAAUUUAGCUCCCAUUGCCCUGUGAAAAUCCUUUUCAAAUGAUUGAAGUUAAGCAGUGAAAACAAACAGCAAGAGGAAAUCAGGGAUUCCACAGAGGUCAAUACCAGGCCCAAUUAUUAUUCAUCUAACUGACGAGAGGAAACCAUGGGGUGUGCUCCAAGUAACCCAACCUGACGAAAAGGUUGUCCACUCUUCAGCUUUUGCCUUAUGCUUAAGUCAGACUGUUGGAAUUACUUAAUUUACAGGAAUUUUAAAAGCCAAAAUGGCACAGACAGAUGGACAUGUUCCAGAGCCGACCCCUGACCCCAGGAAGUGCUUUCUGAGGAAAGCAGAUCAAAGCCAAUCAGCUCCCUUGCGUAGACUGCAGCCAGCGAGUCUACCCUGCUCAAGGCCAAGGGUCAUCCCAGGAAAAACUGCUGAAGGCUACAGCUUGUUUAACAAUCUCCUGGGAAGUGGAAUUAUCUUCACCCCUUGACAAAUUGUUGCCCAUCGCUUUGCAUUAUUUUUCCGUGUGUGUGUUCCAACUUCGACGAAGAAGUCACUUUGUGUUAUAGUCUACGUUUUUGGAGAUUACAUUCAACUUUCACAGAGUCAAAAGGAGGGUAACAAAAAGUGACACAAUUAGAUGUGAAUUCCUAAACAUCUAGAGCAGAGCCAAGUCUCUUUGUAGAGGAUGUGGCUCCUGCUGGUCUGAGCCCUACUGAUUGCUUAGAGCACAUACUUUUAUACUCCCAUGAGCACUCUUCGCAAAACUCUGUUUCCUUCUACGGGCUCUGUGUAGCAAAUGCAUUAGAUUCUUUACACUAUAGAAAACCCAGAGUUCAACUUUAACAGGCGUAGCGCGGCUCCUAACAUUGUGUAUGUGGUGCUUGUGCUUGAGAGUGUGUGUGCAGCUCAGUGUUUGCACAUGCUUGUGUGUUUGUAGAGUGUACGAGUGUGUAUGAAUCUUUAUGGGAUGUGGCCCAGUGUUAGUUCUUAAACACUGUGCCGGAAUAACAAAUGGAAUAUGAGAAUGUGUAUUUGUGUGUUUUACAGUGGGGAUUCUCACUCUACAGAAUCACAUGUAGGGCUGGAGAAGAACUACUGCCGGAACCCAGACCGGGACAAACAUGGCCCCUGGUGUUACACCAAUCCAAAUAAUCGUUUGGUCUGGGACUACUGCAAGCUGAAGCACUGUGAGUGGACGAAAUAACCUUGUCUCUUCUUUUGUCUGUAUUUGUUUUUCUGUGUAACAUCAGCCAUAAAGAUAGCAGUUGAUUGCAGAGUUUUUAUCCCGCAGACUUUAAAAUGGUAUCUGCUUCUUUAAGCAUAGCUACAAAGAGGCUUACCUGUCUGUUGAGGUAAAGUCAGAAGUAGCUUCUAGCCGGAGGGAGGAAGGUUUUAAUUGACAAAGUUGAUCUAUAUCGUGAAUGAAAGGCUACAAAAGAUGAAACAUUGCCUUUACAAGCAGCAAACAGGUUGCACACAUUUCUUGCUUUUGGAUUUAAUUCCGGUGGUGACAGUUUGAUUCAAACAGAAAACACGAGCCUUUCCUGAAGCAUGUGCGGAACAUUAAUUGCUGCCAACACAGAUGCGGUUGAUACUAAUGUGCUUACAUAAAUGUGCAGCUGCGGGAAGCAGGAGCAAGAGGGUUACAGAGAAAAGGUUGCAGACUGUUGAUUGAGUGUAAUCACACCUGGGGGGACUUGGCUGAUCAUCGCAAAAUGCAGAUGUGAGCUGUAGGUCUAAGGAAAUUUCUAGAACUGGCACCAUCAAAACAUAUCAAAUAGGUCUUUUCAUAUUCAGUGGUGGGUUUACUUUCUUUUAAAUGUGUGAUGAAAACAAGCACUACUUAUGGCUUUGGAAUAGUAGGCAGGCAAGUGUGGUCAGCGGCAGGAGAUUAAUAAACAAACUGGGGAGUAACUAAAGGUGUUUGUUGCGUCUAAUCGUCCCCAUAAAGUUUUAUUAUGUUUAAAUUUUUUUAACAGCAUGCAAAGUGUUGAAUGAAGAGAUUUUCGAGGUCGAGCGGGGACAAUUUAGUGGUGAUCAUUACAGAUCAGAGAGACCGUAAUAGUUGUGGGGUGCAGUACAUUCUAACAACACAAGCGAUUAAGUUUUGCAGCCUUGGUUGACUUCAACCAAAAUGUCUUUCUUUAAACAGCUUGGCUGGUGGCUUAUGUAAUGUGUUAGCCAUGCUUUUGUCCAAUGCUCAAACAGCAAACAGAUGCAGAUCUCUACUGACAUCCUUCCAUUUGAGAAAGUACACCCACAAACGGCUGGACCCAACAUUUUCUUUGGCUGUUUUCAAUCUGGCUGCAUUAAAAAGCCCCUUUCAAAUGGUUGCAAAAUAAUUUCCAUAAUAUAAAACAUGUCUGCCAUGAAGUUUUUGGGGUCUAGAGCAAAUUUAUUUGCUGCAGUUGCUGACUGUUAUGGCCACAAGCGAUGAUUCGGGUUGAGAGAUAAGGCUUUAUGAAGUGAGGAGGGGUUUCCUUUGCGAUGAGAUUUAAUGCCUUGUGUGUCAAGUGCCCUGAAUUAUAACCGUCUGGUCUCAUUUUACACUUGUGCCUUUCUUUACUUCUACCAGGUGAAUCAGAUCCAGUGGCUCUUCAAGUCAACCAAAGUGAGUAUAGCUUUUUCUUAUUUAGCUUUCAUGUCUAAUCUUCACUCUGGUUCCUUUUCCUUUUGCUCAAACCAUGACUAAACAAAUCAUAUUUCAUCAAUGCCUUUUGAGGUUUUCCAAACAUCUCUCAUUGAUAUGUAAAUUUCACAAAUGCCUCACAUGCAAAGUAAAACAUGUCUUCUUGUUUAGCUGUCACUAGACCCAAGAUAUCGUGCUUUGUGCACAUAAACACCAGGAUUGUUGGAGGACACCAAGUGCGAGGUACAGACGGCAGCUGGGUUGUUAGCAUCCAAAGAGAGUAGGUUAUUUUGCGUCUGUGAACAAACAUACACAUUUCAUGCUUUUAUUCAGACAGUAUUCAUGCUUAAUUGUGAUUUUGUCUCCUAACCUUUCCACAGGAAGGUUCAUCUGUGUGGGGGUUCAUUGAUCAGAGAAAACUGGGUUUUGACGGACCAGCAGUGCUUCACUUCUUGGUAAUUUACCCUUUUAAAUCUGAUGCUUUCCCAUAAAAGGCUCAUUUAUGCACGAUGUUUAGAUGAGUAUGGAUACAGAUGGAGUCUGCAUUCAUCUCCAUAUUUCGGAAUCUCUUCAGAAAAGCACACAGUUCCAUGUGUCCCGCUAAAAAUCAUGGGAACAUUGUAGAGCAGUGUAGCCAACAGUACAAGCCAAACCAGCAGAACACAACGGGACAGAUUUUGAGAAAACAUUGUGCAAUUUGAUUGGAAACAUGAAACAUAACAAUCAAUUUGUUAUUAUUAAUUGUGAUUAAUUUUUGAACUUUAUAAGUCAAUUGGAAACAAGAAAAUUUCUCAUCUCAUUUGAAAUUCUGUCAUUUUGACGGCAUGUAGCAAUUCUUGGCAGAGUCCUGACCUGGGGAUCAAAUUAAUGCAAUGGAACAUACUCAGUGAUCUUGACUUUUAGAUCUAUUAUUUUAAUCAUGUUGCACUGCUGUACCAAUGUGGUUUGAAACCAUGACUUUUGAAACAGCAUCCAAGUGCUUUUGCUCUGGCAAGAAAGUGUUUAUCCUUAUUUUCAUAGAUAACACAGUUACACACUAAGAAACAUGCAGGACUUAUACUGAUCCUUAACCUGCUUUAGUCAAGCGACAUUAGUAGACAGUGUAACGGCUAAAGUAGCUUAAAAGGGGGAAAGUAACAGGCUACAAAAACAUCUGAUUUUGGACUCUAAUCACAUCCUGAUUAAGUGGUUAGAGUUGAUGUCCCUUAUAAACAUAAUUAUGGUGUUACCUUGCUGGGACCACAAACUUUAAUAGAAGAGACGGGCGGGGACAUUUAGGCAACUCAAUGUCAGAUGGAUGGCAGUGAACUUGAAGUAAAGUGGCGCCCUCUUGUGGAUGCUCAUCUAUCACAUUGUAAAGGACACAAGGGACUGUGUUGACGGUGAUGGAUAUAUUGUUUAAAAUGUUUUUCCUUUGCAAAGGAAGCAUAAAUGAGCCUCAAGUUUGAUUAAAUCCUCCUUUAAUGUACCUCUUCCAUUUACUUUAUCUUCCAAACACGCUUCCUUUUUUCUUGCUCCCCUGUUUUUGAUACUGUUUAAAGAUGCAGGACACAUCCUGUUUACUGACAGUUCCCUUCCCCAGGUCCCUGACCUGAUAUAUGAAACAGAAAGGUUCAGCCUGCAGAUCUGUUUAACUUCUGCAGUUAUCUAAGUCAGAGCCAAUUGUACACACACACACACACACAUACACACACACUAUCUCUGCAUCUGAAGUAGUGGCUUAAAAGAAAAAGACCCUAUCUCAGUACGGACUGUAUGUAUUACAUAUGGUAUGCAUCAGUAGCUUUUAGCUGAUGCCUGUUAAAAAAAAACUUUACUGUGAAAGUCUGCUCUUUGUCUUUGUUAAUUUUGUAGGUCUUGUCUCCAUAUGUUGUGUGAUUGCAAAAGAAUCUCUACAAAUGAUAAAUUAGCGUUAAACUUAAACUUCUGACAUCAUUUUUGCUGAGAAGAACUUGCCAGAAGGUGCAACAAGGGAGCCAAAAACACACAAGGGAUUUGAGUAUGAUAUCACACAUAUGUAACAUGUAAUAUAACUUCUUUUAGACAGUUUCACUAACGCCACACUAUAGCUAUAUUAAAACCUAUAUUUAGAGUUUCAUAAAUGGACUUCUGUUCUCUCUCAGGAGUAUUCAAAGAGUAAGAAUACUCUUGUUAUGAGAAGAGCUCACGUUUUUCUUCACUUUGCUGGCCUUGUAUCGUGUUAAUAUUAGCUUGCACAUCCAUCCAUUUGAAAAAUACCUGUCAAAAUAAAGCAGCAGUAAGCUUUAAUGCAACAUCUUCCAAUAACACUGGAUCCUACUUUCCCUGUAUUACAACUUUAUUGCAUGUUAGAAAACCUUUCCUAUCACCCAAAUAUCCUGUUUUUUCUAACCUCAAUGACUCCAUCUUUAUUUUUAACGCAAUCUCUCUGAAAUCCUCAAGUGUCAAGCUGAAGCUCAGAAAACCUGCUGGCUUGUUUAAAUUUAAAACUUAUAUGUUGGUCAUUGUGUUUGAUAGUGUUCCAGAUUUAAGGGAAUACAGUGUGCAAGUUGGUCUGCGGCACCUCAAUGAGUCCUCAAACCACCCGAGACUUCAUAUCUCCCGCCUGAUCUGCGGCCCUGAAGGGUCCAAUCUGGUUAUGUUGAAACUAGCAGAGUAAGUCAACAGAUUGUUUUUGAAUUAUCUAUGAGCAUACAGAGGUUUUUAUUUAGUUUCAUUAUGAUUGUGACUUCUUUUGCAGCCCUGCCCCUGUGUCUGAAGGUGCCUCCACCAUUCAUCUCCCCGUCAAAGAGUGUCACAUCCCUGAGGGCACCAACUGCACCAUGUACGGAUGGGGGGAAACCAAAAGUACUGCCGUCUUCCACCCACAUGCCUUGCUCCCUUUUAUUUGAAUCAUCAUUUACACUUAAUAAUGCCUCUGAUAUCUAACAAUGAUAAUAAAUAUCCUUUCUGUUUUCAGAUACAGGACAAAAUGAGGUUCUAAACUCUGUCACCAUGCCCAUGGUGGACAACGACAUGUGCUCACAAAUCAAAGGGGAUGCUGGGGAAAGCCGAAUAUGUGCCGGUGGUAGAAGAGGGAAAGGCGUAUGUGAUGUAAGAAACCCGAUAAAUAUAAAAAAAAUACAUAUAUUUUUCUGUUUUCUCUUCUUUCGUAUUGAAUUAAAGUGAUAUAACCAAAAAAACUCCACAAAAAAGAGUGACAUAUAGUUGAAAAAUAGUCACAUAUAGUUGAAACUCACUCUUGAGAUUUUCUAUAAGCAUUUUAAAAUUUGGUAAAGCAGAAGGUUAGGGCAAUGUUAGGGAUAAUGAAACUGAGACUUCAAGAAUCAAGUUGUACAAUUAAAACAAUAGAUUUAUAGUUAAAAAAAUAAAGUCUUCAGAAAAAAAUAGAUAUAACUGUAUACAGAUAAACUUAAUCAAAACCAGACUGAAGUAAGAAAUAAUAGAAAAAAGGUUGUAAGCUUACAAAAAUGACUUAAACCAAUAAGAUCAAACAUGUAAACUUAAAUUUGGACAUUCACAAGAUUUUACUCAUAAAUUCACAAUAAAGUCGGGAUUUUACAAGGAUUCAUUUUUUUGAUGAGAGCAUUUUAAUCACAAUCCUUGAUUGAUCUACCCGUCCAGUAACAUACAGGUAUAACAUUUAACACCAAAAUGAAGAACGUCAAUCAUCUUGUUAGGUUACCCUCAACAGAAAGUGCGAGCAAAAGUGUCCACAACCUCCCUUUUAGACCUCCUUUUUCAUGAUCAACUCAGUUUCUCGCACAGAGCCCUGAUAUUUAUGAAAAUGUGGUACUGGUGUACGAGAAGAUUGAGCAUUAAGUUAUUUAUAAGUCUCGUGAAGUCAUAAGCAUAACUUCAUGAGAUGCUCCCUGGUCAUUUAGUGCAGGCACCUGGCUGCUCUUAUAGUUUUUCCCUUCAGGAUAACAUAUUGCUCAACUACGGUCUAAAAUUAUGACUUAACUCUCACAAAUUUACAUCUUUAUCCUCAUCACAACUUUGUUCUUGUAAUAUCACGACUGUAUUCUCAUAAACUUGUCUCUUUGUUCUUGUAAAUUUACAACUUAUUUCUGGAGAAUUACAAGUCUCUUCUCGUAAAGUUGGGACUUUGUUCUCAUAAGUUUACAACUUUAUGGUUUUAGAUUUAUGUUUUUAUUCUGGAAACCCCUGUGUUUUUCUCCUAUAAAACUCCAUUGUGAAUUGGAUUAGUUUCAAUAUUUAGAACAUGGUAUUUGCAUUUGUCAGCUUUAUGUCCCUCUGAUGUAUUCAUUCUUCCUCUCCUCUUCCAGAAAGACUAUGGAGGUCCUUUGGUCUGUCAAGAACAUGAGCGCAAAGUAAUCAUUGGUGUGAGCAUCCAAAGGACGAAGUGCGCGUCAUCGCAGCCUGCGCUUUUUGUGAACGUUGCUUUCUACUCUGAGUGGAUUUACAAAGUGUUCCGGCUUUAUCCCAAUUCUGAGAGGAACUGA